ACAUAGCUUUAGUUAAACAAAUUGAGUUUAAUGCUCAUUACAGAGAGGGAGACCAGACGUCAUGAGGGAACCCUAGGCAGCUCAGUAAAAGGGUCAAAAGCAAUAGCCUCUUAGGAAAUAAUGGUCAAGAAGGACAUUAAUGGAUUUUAGAGAGAAAGUCUUCAAGAAAGAAAACUUGUGAGGUAGCAUGUAAAGAAAACAUUUUUAUAUAUUUUGGACUGCCUGCUACACACCAGACAAAGCAACUAAAAGUAAAAAGAUUUUACAAAAUGUCUUAAAACUUAAAAACUCUUCACUUGGAAACUCAAAGCUUCAUGUUUUUAGAGUUGACUAAUAGAACCCUAACUCACUGAUUUUGGUCAUCAAUCAUGGCAUUUAUAGUAGCUUUCGAUGGGGAGAAAGGAGAGACAUUAAAAAUCUGCUGUUUUCCCUCAGAAUAUCUGUUUUAACAUUAUUGAACAUGAACUGAAAUUUUCACUUACCUUUGUUAGUGAGUGAUAGUUCAUCAUGCAUGAACUGGUCAUACUACCCAUUUGUAGAAAUGAAAAGUAUGUGAUCUAAUUUUGAGAGAGCAACAGUAUCUUCUGGCAUGUUGCCGGCAAUUCAAAACAUACACAAUAUUUUUUUUAAAGGCUAAAUUUUGGUAUACUCUUCAUGAAUAACAGGUAAUUACAGAGCCAAAUAAAAUUAAAAUUCAACUGCACAUGGUCCUAGUAAUUCAAAUGGCCAUCUUCUCUUGUAGUAUCCACACCCAUCUAAGUCCUCAUAUGCAUAGGCCAUUGCUAACUAUGAUACAACUCCUCUCCAGUAAGGAGAAGAUAAAUGCCAAUGCCAGAAACUAAAUUCUGAAAGUACACAUUUUGGAAUAGAGGAUAUAUAGUGUAAAAAUGUAGACCGUGAAAAAAAUAGCAUUUCAGAAAAAAUGCAGAAAAAUAUUCAAUAAAUGGUCUUGAGAAAACUAACCACACCAGAGAUGGUGGCAGAGAGGCAGCAGUUAAUAUUCCUACUUUAUACCAAAACAUUCCAAAGAAAGUUAAAUAUAAAAUAGAAACUUAAAAUAUCAGUAACAAAUACCAAGAGGAAAGUGGUCAAUUCUCAAACAUACAUAAAUGGUCAAAAAAGUAUUGGAAGAUGAUCAAUCUUAUAAUAAUCACUUAAAUGCAAAUCAAAAUGUUUUCACCUAUCAGAUUGAAAAAAAGAUUGGAAAAGGCUAAAGGGGGAAGUUGUUUAAUACAGGAAAAUGGGUCCCCAAUAAUCCUGCCAAAGGAAGGAAGGUAACUGGUAUAACUUGUAUGUGUGGUGGAGUUUGAGGAGAGGCAGCCUGUACAGAUACGUUGCAGAACCUUAGUAUACAGUCGGUCAUUUAUAAUUCGUACUUUAUAAGUCCCUCCAUUUUCCCCAACUCUCAGGGAUAUGUUUAACAAACAGGUUUUAUUUAAAUAUGACACACCUGCACUGGAACCUAAAAUUAAGGGAUUUACUUUCUUUUAUUUGGUUGGAUAGAAUUUCCAGGUAUUGUCUGUUUAUCAAAAAUAAAUGCAGGUGCACCUUCAAAAUUAGCAUUUGAAUCAUUCAGGUUGGCUUAGUUUCCAAACAUAAGUCUUCUAAAUCCUCUCAUGUUUCAUUCAUUAUUAAGAAAUAUUCAGCUUUGAGGAAAAGAGAGAGGAAAGAAAGCAAACUCAGAGAGAAAUUUGAAUUUCCUACUUGGACUUUAUCACGUCUAAAGUGACUGAGCCCUUUUUAUGUUAUAACCAGCUUUUCUUGUUUAAAGUUGCUGCUGUUGAAUGUAGUUCUUCACUACUAAAUCACUAUGGAACCACUUUCUCUUGGCUUAGAUAUUCUCACUCCUCAUUAAAGUAACCUCUGCUGUUAAUCAAGACUGAAAUUGCUGUAGCAGUCAUUUCUAAAGAUUGGUUAUAGUUGUUAAAAUUGGGCAAAGAGGAAAAGGAAGAAGAGAUGUUUUUCAGAGUCAGUGAAACUAGAUUACUUUUUAAAAUUGAAAUUGUUAAUUUUUUUAACUAAUAGAAACAAAUGUGUGUUUGCCAAUUUCGCCCUCUUUUAUACCUCCAAGGAGGUCCUUAAAAUUAAAGUUGGUUUUCAAGUGGGACAACAGGGCUAUAUAACAAUAACAAUGAUAAAAAUGGCUGACAUUUAAUGAUGUGUGCUAUAUGCCAGGCACUAUUCUAAGCCCGUUAUGUGUAUGCAUAUAUUUAUGCCAGUGUUUAAUUCCAAUAACAGUAUGGGCCUUAAACCCCAUAACAGUCACUAUUAUCCCCAUCCUGCCGGUGAAGAACCUGAGGCAUAGAGUCUAAAUAACUGUCUUGAGAUCACUCAAAUAGUAAGUGAUAGAACUUGGAAGCAAAAACAAUUGUAAUUUUGACCUCUUAGCUGAUGAGCUACAAACAGAAGAGGCUACUGAAGCUGAUGAGAAAUUCUAUAACAACAAUGUACAAAUCGAUCUAUUUUUCUAGGUAUAAUGAUAUUAUGAAUUCAUUCACUUGGGUUUAUAGAAUAAAAUCUCUAAAUUUAUAUUAGUAACCUCUUUUUCUCCUUUUUCUUUUUCGUUUUAAUUUUAGAGUUAGAAGUUCAGUUUAGCUUGAUGGACAUAUUUCAAAUUUAAUUAUCUUCAACAAUACGGUUUCCCUGGAAAAAUAAUAUGCUUUGCUUUAUUGGUUACUAGGCAAAAAACAACUAUUUUAAUUAGUCCUGAUGUUUUAGAGAGCAAAAAACUUUGAAAAAAGAAUAGAAGUUUCUGUUUUGGAUGUCCUUGGGAACAAGAUGUAGUCUAAAUCUGGAAAGACAUUUAUAUGUCUCUCAGGUCCAUAAAUAACUUGACCCUAACUUUUGAAGUUUUUUCUGAUAUUGUCUAAAAUAGAUUUUGUUCUACAAAUAAUAGCUUAUGUUCACUUUUUUAAUUGAUUUUCCUCAGUACUUAGAAAAGACUAGAUUUACAUAAGAUCCUUAAGGACAUACAUAGGUAUAUGAUGCCUUCAGUAACAUCUUUAAAAAAAAAAAAAAAUUAUGAAUGUACCAGGAUCAAGAACACUCUUAUUUUGACAUCCAGUAAUUGUCAUCUAAUACAAUUUCUCCAGUAACUUUCUAUUAUCAAUUAUCUUGCAUUGCUUAAACGAGCAUCUUCAAGACUGCCCUAACCUACUCCUUUUGCUCCUGACUUUGUGAGAGGUUAACAGUGGUAAACAGUAUCCUCCCAUGUGACUGCAUUCAAAACGAAGCACUUGCCAUUGCCUUCUGAGACAUUUACAGUUUAUUAUCUGAAAGUUCAUUGCAUUGUGUGCUGAGAUGCCCAUAUAAAUAUUUGUUUGGUGCUUAAAUUGCAGCCAUUUGAGAGAGGAGUAAACUGAAUGAUUUUUCACUUAAAAGAAUGGGGUAAAAGAAUUAAAAUUUUCAAAAAUACUCUCAAUUUCACAAGCAUCCUCUUUAGAGAUGACUCUAUUUCAGCCUUGGAAGUUUAGGGCAGCAAAAUCAUUUUCUUCAGAAUAAAUAAAAAUAUAAAAGUGGUCAGUAUCUGUAUUAUUUUAUAGUACCCUGUUUGCCUGGGUCUCAUUCCUUUUAAUCUUUUUCCAUGAGAUCCUGACAGAUAGGUUGUGUCUAGAAAAUGUCCAUCUCUAAAUCAAGAUCAAUAUUUACUGGGUUUAUACCACAAGACUAAAUGUAAUAGAAAAAAACAGACGGAGUGAAAAUACUUGCACUGUAUGUGUAAUAAAUUUAACCUGACAUCAUAAACUCCUCCCUUUCUACAGGUGCAGACACUUUUUUUUUUCAUCCCUCCUCUUUCCACUAAGGAUUAAUUAGGGAAGUAGGCUUGAAGAAUAAACUCACCAUUUAUAGAGAAAGCUGCUGCACUAACACAGAGUGAAAGACCUCAGUUUCAGGCAAAGUCAACACCAGGUAAGCAUUUAUUCAUUAAGAUAACAAAUUUCAAAUCAUUGAUUAUAAUGACAAGAAGAAAUAGAAAAAAUAGAGGGAUAAAAUUCAACGUUAUAUAGUAAGAAUAAAUUUAAAUAGAGGAAAAGAUAUUUCUUUUUUUUUGGUGUUUUUGUUUGUUUAACUUAAAUAAUGAUAUAGGGAAAAUAAGUAUUAUGAAAUAUAUUUUUGUAUUAUAAUAUGGGUACAACUAGGGAAACAAAUAAGAGAAAUCUUUCUAAGCAAAAAAUCUAUCAUCUGAAAAAUAUUUACUGGCAUCGGAUCGCAAUGCUUUAAAAAAAAACAAAAAAUUUCUUUCCUCAUUAACAAACGUCCACAAUUAUAUUGCAAAUAAUGUAUUACACUAUAAAAACAGAGAUAUUUAUUUAUAAGAAUUAAAAGUCUACCAAGAGGUUAUCAUGCUUUCAUUGUCUAGUUAAUUUUAAAAUAUUUUAGGUGCUUACUGUGUGCUGAUGGACACUUGCUCCAAAGAAAUUUCAGUUUCUAAAAGUUAUAUGAGCAUGAUAAUUUUUCUCGACAAAGACUUCAGUUAGUGAGUCUGUUGUUAAUAACAAUUUGGCUAGAGGAUCAACAAAACUUUAUCGUCCAAUUCUAGAACACAUUAAUUGUGGGGAAUUUAUAAUUGAGUGGUAAAGAUAUGGUAAUCUAAUCUUGUAGCCUUCAGAGUUAAUAGUAGUCAUUAUGACUUUCUAAUAUAAUUCAAAAAUAUGUGAAAAAUAUUUUCUGCAUCCAAGAAUUCCUGCAUCCUGUUUGUGGCCUUUAAAGAUGAUCUUUGUAUUUAAUAAAAAAGAAAUAUCCUUAUGAAAUUCAUCACUGUUUACUGAAAGGAUAUUUUCCAAUGUUCAUUAAUUAUAGUAUCCACUCUUUAUGAAUCCCUGGGAGAAAUGUCUCUGAAUUUAAUGUCAUAGAAAUUUUCACCCUGAGUAAUUUGUGAGUUGCAAGAGCUGCUUAAUCUAGAAAGAUAUAUUGAAGCCAGUUCCAGUAGGAUUUUGAAUAUUUAGAAGUUAGAAAACUGGCCUUUAUUUAGAGAUGGUAUAAGUGAAGAGUCAAGCAAAUACUAUGGUAAAGAGUGUAAGAGUAAUUCUGUGGGCACACUGAAUCGUGUAACUAUGUUUGUUUCUCUUUGUAUUAACUGCUAGAAAGCUUAAAGUAAAAAAAAAAGAGCUCUCACUUCCUUUAACUAUGGUCGAUUCUCAUUGUUCAUAGACCUUAUAUUCAAUAACUUCUCAGAGAACACUGCCUUAGCAAAUUCUGAACCAUUGCUCCUAUGGAAAAUAUACAGUUAGAUUCCUACAAGCCUCUGGUCACAUUUUUAUUAGCAGAUCAACACACAACCUUGUUUUAUGUGUAUGUAUUUCUAUUUAAAGAAACAUUAUUUAAUAUAUAUCAUUGAUUUAUUAUCACUGAACUCACAGUCAAGAACAUUAUUAUAACUCAUGCCUGAAGGAAGCUUAUCUAAUGUAUACAUUUUCUCUGUAAGGCAUAUUACAGCCGUUUUGCACUGAGGAACACUAACUAGCACUUAGGCACUAUGCUUGGGGGCCAUUUUUAUCAGUGAAAUUAUCAACAAAAAUCAAAAACCGCAAAAAAAGUGGCACUAAUAGACUGCAUAAAGAACUUGUUUAUAGUACUUGAGUUGAAACAAGAAGUCGGCUUUUUCAACUUAAGCUGAAACGUUGGUGUUGGGAGACUCAAAUUUUUCACUGCUCUAUGUGUGUCCACAAAUGACUGCGAAAGCACUGCUAGUAUUAAUUUUAGGGGCUACAAAUAUAUUUUAGCAAAUAGGUGAAUUUAUAAAUGUGGAAUCCAUGAAUAAAGAGGAUCAACUCUACAUGUAGGACUGUAUUCCAUACGCUUUGCCUGUGGAGCUCACUCUUGACUCCAUAUUACUUUUGUACCUUUAUUUUUACCCAUGCUUGAAUUUUAAUUUAAACUUAAUUUAUCUUGAUAUAUUUUUGUCUGUGUUUAGAAGUGAUUUUCAAUCCUUUGGGGAACAAACUGGCAAUAAAUAAGUAAAUCAUCAAGUACUUAGAAUUCCUACUCUGCACUAUACACUUUACUAUGAUUAGAACAUAAAAGGAUCUCUAGACAUCAAAUCUAAUAAGAGGCACACGAUCAGCUUCCCUUUGAAAUAAUUUAAUUUCAUUUUCUCGCAAAAGACUGAAUUCGAAUAAAUGAAUGUGUUUAACAUGAGAAUCUCCUAAGAAGUUAAAAUUUUAUUUAGAGAUAACAUGAGUGAGUGAAAAGUCAAGCAGAUUCAAGGGUGAAGAGUCGAUGGCUACACUUCUUUCUUUGUUCAACUUGAACUCUGGAAACUUGAUCUUUUCAAAGUUUCUAACGUGACCCAGACUGAGUUCGAGGGUCCAGAAGCCUGAUUUUCUGAUGUUGCCGUGGCCCUUAGUUCUCUUCUGACUCCUGUCGAGAAUACAACACCUUAGGUGUGCCACUCAGUGAACUGGAACCCACACCGCCUGAUCAUAAGAAACAUGCCUCUUAGAAGUUCAAACUCAUGUAAACUUUAUGAUAGGGUUUAAAGUGGAUUUUAAGUAAUCACAAUCGAACGCUCUGAGUAUCUUAUAGCUACAGGGAUGCCACAUAGGGAAAUCAAGUAGCUUUACUUAAGAUAGGAUUUUAAGUAAAUCACAAUCGAACGCUCUGAGUAUCUUAUAGCUACAGGGAUGCCACAUAGGGAAAUCAAGUAGCUUUCUCUAUUUGGAUAAUGUAUUGUAAAGGAAUAAUCCACCACAGUCCCGGAAGCACUAGCAUCUCGUGUCUAGCUGAGUUAUCUUUGCCAUCUAGUACCUCGCUUCAAAGAGUAGGUAGAUAGGCUCUACUACAUUGAAUAUGGGAUAAUAUGUUUUUUUUCUUUAAUUUAGUCAACACAUGAUUGGAAUGUUGGGAAAAAAAAUUUUUUCUUGGGAACAGAAAGCAGGGGAGAUAGAGCCCCCAAAUUUAGAAAAUAUAAUUGCGUCAGAAUGCAUGAAGUUGCAUAAGUUAUAUUUAGGCCUGUUUUUUGUUCCUUAAUUUUAUUUGACUGAAACGAGCCUCGGCCUUUGCCCGCAUCUGAGUCUUCAUCUUCGAUCUAGGUGUUUCUCCCCAAGUUGUUCCUCAUAACCACCCAACACCUGACCCACUCAAGUCUUUCUCUCAUCGUUGUCCUAGAUUGUGAAAAAGUUUCCCUCCUUAACCCUAAGACUCUUACUCUGAGUUUCGUAUCAUCCAUUCAACAACUACUUAGUAUGCUCCUUCCUAUGUGCCAGUCCCUGUGGUAGGUGCUGCGGAUACAGUGGAGCAUAAGGCAGACGUGGGCCCUUCCUUUAUGCAGCUCACAGUCUAGUUGAGACAGACAUAAAUCAAAGAGAACACGAAUAAAUGCAAAAUUACAACUGCUAUCAUGUCCUCAAGGAAGAGUUUAGAGUACAAUGAAUGUGUAUAAUAGCAAGACAUAAUCCAGUCUAGACACUCACAUCUUUCUAGGAUUAGGUUUAUAUGUUCUUAUUUACCCAUCCCAGUGCCUCCCUGUCUUCCUUCUUCCCUCUUCAGAGGGAGCAAUGGCAUUCAGAAUUGUACCCAGUGAAAACAAGACUUCAGUGAUGUUCCUAGAUAGAUUCAGAUAUUAACAGGCAAAGGUAAAUGUAUAACUUCAAGUUUUUAAUUAGGUGUAGAAUUACAGAGAAGAUGUUGGUGCUAAACUGUUUUUCCAAAUUACUGACACUGGAAAAACUGUUGAAGAGUCACUUUCCUGAAUCACUCAAGGUAUAGAAUUACGGAGAAGAUGUUGGUGCUAAACUGUGUUUCCAAAUUACUGACACUGGAAAAACUGCUGAAGAGUCACUUUCCUGAAUCACUCAAGGUUUAUGGAGCAGUAAUGAACAUAAAUCGUGGGAAUCCCUUUCAAAAAGAAGUGAUAUUGGAUUCAUGGCCAGACUUCAAAGCUGUUAUCACUCGGCGGCAGAAAGAGGCUGAGACAGAUAACCUGGACCAUUAUACUAAUGCCUAUGCUGUAUUCUACAAGGAUGUCAGGGCUUACCGAGGGCUGUUGGAAGAAUGUGAUGUUAUCAACUGGAACCAAGUUUUUCAAAUACAAGGGCUGCAGAGUGAAUUAUACACUGUGUCCAAAGCUGUUGCCGCCUCAAAGCAGUUGGAUGUAAAGUUAAGCUCCUUCAAGGCCGUUUGUUUAUCUCCUCUUUCAACCCUGCCAGACACCAGUUCCGUAAUGAGUUCUUCCCCACGACUAACCUACCUGAGUGUCACUGAUGCUGACCUGCUCAACCGAACUUGGUCGCGGGGCGGCAAUGAACAAUGUCUCCGGUACAUCACCAAUCUCAUCUCCUGCUUCCCCAGUAUCUGUGUCCGCGAUGACAAGGGAAACCCAGUCUCUUGGUCUAUCACAGACCAGUUUGCCACCAUGUGCCACAGCUACACCCUACCAGAGCAUCGCAGAAAAGGUUAUAGCCGGCUGGUGCUCCUCACACUGGCCAGGAAGUUGCAAAGUCGGGGAUUCCCCAGACAGGGCAAUGUCCUUGACGACAACGUGGCAUCAGUAAACCUCCUGAAGAGUGUGCAUGCCGAGUUCUUGCCUUGUCGUUUUCAUAGGCUUAUUCUCACCCCUGCAGCUUUCUCUAGAGUAGUUCCCCUCUAGCUCAGUGAAACUUCAGGAAUUUUCUGUUUUUCCCUGAACAUACACAUACUUCUUAGCUGCCAGUGAGAAAAAAAAUUCAAACAGAUAAGGAGAAUCUUGAGUUAUUGAAAAGUGCCUGGAAGAACACAUGCAAGAUCAGCCUGAGAAGCCUUAAUUCUCCGUGUCUUAGGUUUCUGCAGUAAAUAACUGUAAGAGUCAGGGAUCGCUGCAGCUGAGAAAGAGGGUAAGUAUCCUCUUUUGAGAUCUACUGCAGGAAAAAGAUUCUAAAACCUUAGUAGCAGAAAUGACUCCGCGAGAACAAAUGAUUGAACACAGGAGCCUGUGGCUACUGCUUUAUUAUUGCUUCAUGGGCUUCUGCUGUGUAUUCUCACAACCACACCAGUUCCCCACUAUCAUAAAUAACAUUUCCCACUGUGCCCACACUGCCAUGUCUCCCUGAACUCAAUUUCUACCACCUCUGAUCCAGUUCUCUGUAGACUAUCCUGCCUUCCACCCUCUCCCGCCUUUAGUUACUGGCUCUUCACUUCUGCCUAUGACUUCAGCCUAUGUUUUUCCCUGCGAAUGUUCAAAUGCAGUUGUUCUCACAUUUUGGUGCACUUCGGAAUCACCUGAAGGGCAGAUUGCAACACCGAUGGCUGAGCCUCUCCCCCACAGACCUCCUGUUCAGUGAGUCUGAGGGAGGGCCUGAGAAUUUGCAUUUCUAACAAAUUCCCACUACUCAGUUGCCUUGGAUGGAGGGAUGAAGAUACUGCUGUUUUAAACACUAGCAACAGAUGAUGUCAGCUUAGAAUCUUACCUAUCACCUAUUCCAGGUUCUUUGAUUAUAAUUUGCUUUCUCAUAAGAAACUAAUAUACAUGUGAUAUGCAGAUGCACAUAUACAUAUAUACACACACAUACAUAUACUUUCCUUUCAUAUAGUCUAUAUGUAUGUAAACUCAUAGAAUUUUGAUAAGAUAUUAAACUUUAAUUCUCUUAUUACAUAUGAAGAAUUUGACCAAAGAAAAUAAAUGACUUCAAGAUUACACAGAUAAUCAGUGCUAGAGGCUAAGCCAGGAUGUCAUUUUGAUUUCAAUCUAUUUUUUCACUAAAUCAUAUAUCCUUUUUGUUAAUGAAAUUAAAAAAUGUUUAAAUAAUUAAAUCAAUACAUCCAUUA